AUGGAUCGAGUCAAAUUUCGAACCCAAAUACUAAAUAGACACCUCCACCGACCUUCUCUUUCCUCACCAUCAUCUUCUAUCGAACCCUCCAUAUGCCUCCAGUAUUCUCCUCCAGAACUCGCCGAGACCUCGCAGUUCGACACCAGAUCAAUGAGAGAACUCAUGGACAACCACAAUUUCGCGGAUCGGGACUGGUUGUAUGGCCUCAUGAUACAGAACAAGCUGUUUUGUUCCAAAGAAAGGGGUGGGAAACUGUUUGUGUCGCCUGACUAUAAUCAGUCAAUGGAGCAGCAGAGAGAGAUGACCAUGAAAAGAAUUGGGUAUUUGUUGGAUUGUGGGGUUUUUGAAGGAUGGCUUACUGGGAAAGGGGUUGAAUCAGAGCUGAGGAAGUUUUCGUUCUUGGAGGUUAUUGGGAUGUUUGAUCAUUCACUUGCUAUCAAGAUUGGGGUGCAUUUCUUUCUGUGGGGUGGUGCAGUUCAGUUUUUUGGCACAAAGCGCCAUCAUGAGAAGUGGUUGAAGGACACUGAAAAUUAUAAGGUCAAGGGUUGCUUUGCAAUGACGGAGUUGGGGCAUGGAAGUAAUGUCCGAGGCAUUGAAACAAUAACCACAUAUGAUUCAAAUACUGGAGAGUUUGUUAUUAACACACCAUGUGAAUCAGCUCAGAAGUACUGGAUUGGCGGAGCAGCUAAUCAUGCUACACACACAAUAGUGUUUUCCCAGCUUAAUAUUGAUGGGAAAAAUCAAGGGGUUCAUGCAUUUAUAGCCCAGAUCAGAGAUUCAGAUGGAAAUGUCUGUCCAAACAUUCGUAUAUCUGAUUGUGGUCAUAAGAUUGGGUUGAAUGGUGUUGAUAAUGGUCGAAUAUGGUUUGACAAUGUCCGUAUACCUAGAGAGAAUUUGUUGAAUUCAGUAGCUGAUGUUUCGUUAGAUGGGAAAUAUCUGAGCGCGAUAACAGACCCAGAUCAGAGGUUUGCAGCAUUCUUGGCCCCGUUGACAUCUGGACGUGUAACCAUUGCUGCCGCUGCGAUUUACUCAUCGAAGAUUAGUUUAGCCAUUGCCAUAAGGUACUCAUUGACGAGGAGAGCGUUUUCUGUUUCACCUAAUGGACCUGAAGUCCUUUUGCUUGAUUACCCAAGUCAUCAACGGCGGCUCUUACCUCUGCUUGCGAAGACAUAUGCUAUGAGUUUUGCUGAAAACUACUUGAAAAUGUUGUAUGUUAAGAGGACACCUGAAUUGAUCAAAACCAUCCAUGUUGUUUCUAGUGCAUUCAAGGCUACUUUAACUUGGCAUAACAUGCGGACCCUUCAGGAAUGUCGUGAAGCCUGUGGUGGACAAGGUUUAAAGACUGAAAAUCGUGUUGGUCAUCUGAAAAGUGAAUAUGAUGUGCAGUCCACUUUUGAGGGGGACAACAAUGUUCUUAUGCAGCAGGUCAGCAAGGCACUCCUUGCAGAAUACGUAGCUGCCAAGAAGAGGAACAAACCAUUUAAUGGAUUGGGAUUAGAUCACAUGAACAAGUCCUGUCCUGUUAUCCCAUCUAAGCCAACAAGUUCUACCUUGAGGAGUGUUGAGUUCCAGACUAAUAUAUUCUGUUUAAGAGAGCGAGAUUUAUUGAAUCGUUUUGCCGCGGAAGUUUCACAACACCAAGGGCAAGGAGAAAGCAAAGAACAUGCGCUCAUUGUGAGUUAUCAGCUUGCUGAAGAUUUGGGGAGAGCUUUCUCAGAUCGAGCGAUUUUGCAAACCAUUUUGGAGGCUGAGACAACUUUAUCUGCAGGACCAUUGAAGAACAUAUUAGGUCUGCUGAGAUCCAUGUAUACCUUGAUCACCUUGGAAGAAGAUGCUGCAUUCCUUCGAUACGGGUACUUAUCAACAGACACCGCUGCUGCUGUUAGGAAAGAAGUGGCUAAACUCUGCAGUGAACUCAGACCACAUGCACUUGCUUUAGUCAGUUCCUUUGGCAUACCUGAUGCUUUUUUGAGUCCUAUAGCUUUUAAUUGGGUCGAUGCAAAUUCUUGGUCUUCAGUUCAAGACUAG